UCUUAACUUCUACUGAAACAAUAUCUGCAUGAUGUCAUACCUUUGGAGAGAGUCACACCCAAUUUCAUGCAGAAUCAGCUACAAUAAGGGUGAUUUCUGCUUCCAUCCUUAAGAAGUCUUAUAGUUGAUCUGCUUUCUUCAAUUUUAAAGAUGCUCUGAAAAAUAAGCACAGAAAAAAUAGCCACGGUUCAUAGCAACCAUUGCAAAGCCCAGCAGUCGAAGCCCUCAUCUUCACCCUUAGGCCCACAAGGAAGCAACAGGACCAUUGAGAUGGCAGUCUGUUUAAUUAACCUUAGCUGAUCUGCGCCAGGGUGGCAGCAGAAUACCCUGCACAAGUGCCAGCCAUUGGGAACCUGCUAAGCUGCCCUGUGCAUCCCAAGCUGCCCUGUUAUCCAGUCACCAUCCCUGACCACUGGGACCACUUCCGAUGGCUGUGGCCUCUGCAGCACCAGGGAGCACCUUCUGUAAGCAGCUCCUUUUCUCUUUCCUGGUUUUAAUAUUGCUUUGCGAUGGUUGUCAGAAAAUUUCUCUUCAAGUUCCUUCUCAUCUUCAGGCUGAAACACUUGUAGGCAAAGUGAAUCUGAAGGAGUGUCUCCAACCAGCCAGCCUAAUCCUGUCAAGUGAUCCUGACUUCAGAAUUCUAGAAGAUGGCUCAAUUUACACCACACAUGAUCUUGUUUUGUCUUCCAAACGGAAGAGUUUUUCCAUUUUCCUUUCGGACAGUCAGAGGCAGGAAGAGAAAGAGAUAGAAAUUGUACUGGAAGCAAGAGGAAAGAAGGUUCCUAAGAAGAGACAUGCUAAAGACACUGUCCUCAAACGCAGCAAGAGACGAUGGGCUCCAAUUCCAUGUUCUCUGAUGGAGAACUCACUAGGUCCAUUUCCACAACAUGUUCAGCAGGUCCAAUCUGAUGCUGCACAGAACUACACCAUCUUUUACUCCAUAAGUGGACCAGGAGUGGACAAAGAGCCCUUGAAUUUGUUCUUCAUAAAUAAAGACAGUGGUGAUAUCUUUUGUACACGAAGCAUAGAUCGUGAGCAAUAUGACCAUUUUCCGCUGUACGCCUAUGCAACAACCGCAGACGGUUAUGCACCAGAGUACCCACUCCCCUUAUUAUUCAAAGUUGAAGAUGAUAACGAUAAUGCCCCAUAUUUUGAGAAUAAAGUGACUAUCUUUAGUGUGCCUGAAAAUUGCCGAUCCGGCACCUCAGUGGGCAAAGUGACUGCCAUCGACCUCGAUGAACCUGACACUCUACAUACUCGUCUGAAAUAUAAAAUCUUACAGCAAAUCCCAGAUCAUCCAAAGCAUUUCUCCAUACAUCCAGACACAGGUGUCAUCACCACAACUUCACCUUUACUGGAUAGAGAAAGCUGUGAUACAUACAAGUUAAUAAUGGAAGUACGAGACAUGGGGGGCCAACCUUUUGGUUUAGCUAAUACAGGAACAAUUACUAUUUCACUCGAAGAUGAAAAUGACAAUGCACCAUAUUUUACAGAAACCUCUUAUUUUGCAGAAGUAGAAGAAAACAGAAUUGAUGUUGAGAUUUUACGAAUGGCGAUAUAUGACAAGGAUUUGCCCAACACUCCUCACUCAAAAGCUGUAUACACAAUCCUACAGGGGAAUGAAAAUGGAAACUUCAAAAUUAGCACAGACCCAAAUACAAAUGAAGCAGUCUUGUGUGUUGUCAAGCCAUUGAACUAUGAAGUCAACCGUCAAAUUAUUUUGCAAAUUGGUGUAGUUAAUGAAGCACAAUUCUCUAAAGCACAAAGCUCACAAGCUCCCACUAUGUGUACUACAACUGUCACGGUUACAAUUAAAGACAGUGAUGAGGGUCCUGAAUGCCAACCACCAGUAAAAGUUAUUCAGAGUAAAGAUGGCCUCCCAGCUGGCAAAGAACUUCUUGGAUACAAAGCAUUCGAUCCAGAAACGCGCAGUGGUGAAGGCUUAAGGUAUAAGAAGCUAGGAGAUGAAGAUGACUGGUUUGAAAUUAAUGAAGUCACUGGUGACUUGAAAACUUUAAAAGUGCUAGAUAGAGAAUCAAAAUUUGUAAAAAACAAUGAAUACAAUGUUUCCGUGGUUGCAACGGAUGCAGAUGGCAGAUCUUGCACUGGAACAUUAGUAGUUCGUUUGGAAGAUGAUAAUGAUCACGCACCACAAAUUGAAAAAGAAGUGACAAUUUGUCAGCAUGCUCAGGAUUUUGCUGUUCUCAAACCUGUGGAUCCAGAUGGACCUGAGAAUGGUCCACCUUUUGAAUUCUUUUUGGAUAAUUCUGCCAGUAAACUUUGGACUGUAGCAACAAAGGAUGGUAAAACUGCCAUUCUUCGUUCACGGCAGAAUCUUGAUUAUGACUUUUAUAACGUGCCUAUCCAAAUAAAAGAUAGACAUGGUCUUACUGGAAAACAUAUGUUGUCAGUGAGAGUAUGUGACUGUACAACUCCAUCUGACUGUAGAAUGAAUAUUAAACAACGUGAGAGCAAUGCUAACGUAUCAAAAGUAAUACUUGGAAGAUGGGCUAUUCUUGCCAUGGUUUUGGGUUCUGCAUUGUUGUUAUGUGUUCUAUUUACAUGUUUCUGUGUCACUGCUAAGACAACAGUAAAGAAAUGUUUUCCAGAUGAUGUAGCCCAGCAAAAUUUAAUUGUAUCAAAUACUGAAGGACCUGGAGAAGAAGUGAUGGAUGCAAACAUUAGACUCCCCGCACAGACAUCCAACAUUGGUGAGACAAGCGUGUCUGUUGGCACUCUUGGUGGCCAGGGAGUCAAAGCACAGCAAAGCUUUGAAAUGGUCAAAGGCGGCUACACUUUGGAGUCCAGCAAAGGAGGUGGACAUCGGACCUUGGAAUCUCUCAAGGGAGGAGGACAGGGAGUCACAGAUACGGGCAGAUACGUAUACACCGACUGGCACAGCUUCACCCAGCCUCGGCUUGGCGAAAAGGUGUAUCUGUGUGAGCAAGAAGAGGAGCAUAAACAUUCUCAAGACUGUGUCCGUUCAUACAACUAUGAAGGAAAGGGGUCUAUGGCCGGCUCAGUAGGCUGCUGCAGUGAAGGGCAGGAAGAAGAAGGCCUUGAGUUUCUAGAUCAUCUGGAACCCAAAUUUAGGACACUAGCAAAGACAUGUGUAAAUAAAUAAAUGUGCCUUUUUAAUAGAGUCACAUCUACAAAUGCAUAUGUAGGAGUAUAUUGAAUGUAAAAUAGCAGCAUCUGCUACUGUGUUUGUCUAUUGGAGGUACACUUCCAGUCGUGUAGAUAAGGAUCCUAUAAAUAUAAAGCUCCCUAAAUUCUUCUUGUCUGAUAUAACUUCCCUGUUCUUUAGAAAUCAGUUUCAUUUGUUAAUUUUCUUUUAUAUACGUGUAUAUAUUGCCCUUUUUCAGGAUUGUACUAUGUGCUUUCUUGCACCUUCUAUCUGAACACUGUAUGCUAGGUGGAAGAGUAUGUGGGAGUGUUGGGUAUUGUGGAGGCUAAAAUGCAUUUUUAUUUUAGAUGAAAAUUAAACACUUUCGUCAAAAUCUUGGGGAGAAUUACACUUUUAGAAACAUUGUCUUUGGUGCCAGAGAAUUCCCUCCUCUACCCAAGUAGCUAUGUAUUGAAGGAUUUUUAAGCAUUCUUUGGCACAGUCUUUGAUUUGAUAUAUAAUAGGUCAUUUCUCAUUAUACUUUUCACCCUGCACGGGUGCUCUCAGCAUUAUUCAUUUUCAGGAUCCUUCAAAACUCAGUCCUUGGAUCUCUGCCCAUGUGAAUGCAUUAACAGGUUCCUACAGCUUCUAGGAUUGUUGGAAAGACAUGGACUAGAAGUAUUUCAGCCACAGAGAUUUUAUAAGGAUCACAUGAGAGAGCGUCCAUGAAAGAAUUGCAACCUUGAUGCCCAUGGGUUGACUUAGACGCACAAAUAUGUUUUGAGUACAAACAUAGUACAAAAAUCAUCAUGUACUAUUAUUACUUUUUUAAAAUACAAAUACCUUCUCAAGAACAUGCACUCUCUAGUUUCAUGCAGGCCUACCAUCUUCAAGCAUUUGUUGAACAAGCACAGCAAGCAUUAGGCUUGCAAACCCGAACCGCAGUGCUUAGCCCUUUGAAUAUGCUAAACAUUGAAUGACCAUACAUAUUGGAACUGAAUAUUCAAUCUACAUUGGUAAUUAUUGUAAGAAAAUGGGAAAUCAGAAACAAAGAGUAUCUGGCAUGUAUAUGUUAAAAAAUUGAAAUCUAUUAAAGCAAUGCUUACCAAACAUUUGUUGAAUGAUAGAUGAAUGAACGCCUGAGUUAAUAAAUUAUUUAAAAUGCAUAAUAUUUUAAUAGGAUACUAUAUUUUAUUAAGUUAGAAAGAAACCAUAUGUUUGAAUAAUAUUUUAAUAGUCUUUUUUUUGCCAAACCAUACAUUUAUAAACAAUAAUAGCAUAUAUUACACAGAAAUUUUUCAUUCAACAAAAAGUUUUUCAUAUAACUAUGAACUAGCUCACUACUGAAAAAAAAUGAGUGGUUAAUUUUUAAAAAUUUUGUGAUUAGUCUCCUUAUUCUCAGUUGCAGUACCUAAUUAGUUUCUUUAUAUGAAAUUGGGUAUUAGAACAGAAUAAAAAUGUUGUUUUAAUAAGAUUUUAUUUUAUAAGCUGUCCACAUUGUAUGAUUUUUAUAGCCAUUGUGAGGAAAAUAAUUCUGGGGGUGGGGAGUAAUGCAAUUUCUGUUGUCUGACACACGCACACUACCCUGACAAUGAUACCAGUUUUGAAAUUUUAAAAUGUAAUAUUAAAAUUUUGGAAAUACAUGAUAAUAUCAUGCUAAGUUAUAUUCUGAAAUAUAGGUACAGAAUAUCUUCUGAGGAAUUUAAAAAUUACUAGUCAAACAUUAACUUACAUGUGUUUGUUUAUGUUUUUAUAUUUUUUAAAUUUGCUUAAAUAUGAAAGAGAAAAUUUAUACCUGGACAUAAAGUACAAUUAAAGGCCAAAGGAAGAUUUCUUGGUCAGCAAGACACUCUAAAAGUAUUACCAGAAUUAUUAGAAA